GCUAUAUACAAGUGGACAGCAGGAACUGACAUCUCCAAUGAAAACAACUUUCAAUGGCUUUCUGGGAAUGGCCAAGAAAUACCAUCAUUUUCAUUUGCAAAAUGGCUUCCAGGAGCACCCAACAAUGCUGGAGGUUCUGGAGCGCCAGAUGAUCGAAAAAGACCUGGGGAGCACUGUGUGGCUUAUGAAACUCAAUCUAAUCUUUUAAAUGAUAUACCAUGUAGUUAUUCAGCUUCACAUCUCUGCCAGAGUGGAAAAGAGCUGACUGGUCUGGGUGGGUCCGUGGAUGGAUAUGCAAUUGAGCAUGCAGGAACCUGUUCGGGUGCUUUCUCCUAUAGUAUACAGAAAACUAUGACUGAAGAUGAAACAGGACUUUCUCCCAAAUAUAUUCAACUAUUCAAACCAAUCGCUUUCAUGAAGGUUUGGGCAAGAUUUGCAUCACCAGUAGUUACAACUGCGUCGGGAACCAUAACUGCCUCUGUUACUGAUGCUGAAUCCACAAUUAUCUCAAGAAAAAUUGAAAUCCAGAAAAGUUUUAAAACUGAAAGUUUUCCAGCCAUUGUUCCUUUAACUCCUCUUCCUGUAUUUCCUCUGACUAUUAAAGUGAAUGCUGACACAACUGGAGGUGGUACUAUAUUAUUUUCUCCUCUUGAACUUAUUGUCGAUCAACCAAUAAACAUUGGUUGCUUUCAAAUGAAAUCCGGGGAUAAUGAAAUUGAAACCGAAUCCAUUCAAGACUGCUUGAUCAACUGUAAAAGUAAUGAGAAGAGGUUUGCUUUAAUAACCUCGGGUAACAAGUGUAGUUGUAUUUCCGACAUAGAUCAAGACAACUUUGUUGAAAUAGAACCAGGAAGAUGUGACAUUGAGUGCUCUGAUAUUUCUCAAUUAUUUUGUGGUGGAAUUGAUACUGUUUCUCUUUACACUGCAGAAUGUGAGCAAGGUUUUUGGCGAUUUGGUAAUAGGUGUUAUAAGGACGAGGGAUCUGGGCACAUGACGAAAGCAGGAAAAUGUUAUACGUCCGGUUCAGAUAUCUGGGCACCACGCUUUGUAGGGGAAGCUGAAGUUAUUUCUUCUCUCUUUAGCAGUGGUAAUAAGGUUUAUCAUUUGGGGACAACUUACUUAAACCGAGGAUUACUUUCACAUAUUGAUAACUCCCAGUUUCUCAGCUAUUUUCCAUUGUUCAGUAAUAGUACAGAGUGGGAUGGUUUAACUGCACCAGAAGAACCGUUUAAAGACAUGUAUAAAGCCUGGGUCUCAACAUCAGAUGAAGUAUUUAGUUCUAUCUACAUGUCUAACAACUCUACAGUAGAGUAUAUCAAGAAUGCUGUUGGGCAGAUCAUCUGUGAGAAACCUAUAGUGGAAGGAUACGGAAACAAGAAGUUGCUUGGCUCUAAAUAUGUUGAUUAUAAAUUCUUUGAUGCUGGUGUAGAGAUUCUUAGUGUCAAUCAUUCUAUACUUCCCGGUCAACCUGGAAUACCUUUCAGAUUUGAACUCCUCAGGGGAUCCUUUGCUGGUAAGUGGUUUGAGAUCAGGUUUAAUGAAACCAUUGUUCUGAAUUCUCUUCUUCUCACAAUGGAUAAAAACAACUUCAUCAAGAACUUUGGAUUGAGAAUUCCUAUGAUGAACCCACAGGAUCCAGACUACCAGUACUAUGAGUUCUUUACCCAUCAAGUAUUUCCAACUAACACCUCGGAUCUAGAUGAUCCAAUAAAGAAAACUGUUCGAUUAAACCAUCCUGUGGUUGUGGAUAGAAUACAAUUUCAACUAUCCUCGCUCACUCAGUCUGUUCUCAUGAGACUGGAAUUGUUUGGACUUCUACUGAGAGAUAUUCUUCCAAACAAGUACUUUCAGCUAGGACAACCAACUCUUAUCAAAGAAAGUGUGCCAGCGAACAAGAACAUCAAGCUAAAGAACAAUAUUUGUCCCGAGGGGGGAAUUCAUAUUUCAGGAACUACAAAAACUCCAGUUGUUGCUGAAACAAAUGGUUUAUCAAUGACUGUGAAGGGGGUAGACAGCGCAGUAUUAUUAUCAAUUAAACUGAUAUUAUCACCAGCUGAAGCAAAGUUAGAUAUAGAUAACACAGCUUCAACAAUCAACCCUCCUAUAAACUAUGGAGAAAUAACAGAUGUUUAUAUCUCUUGCAACAAUGACAAAUUCCAGGUUUUUGUGAACAAUUAUCCCCAAGGAGAGUUUGAUGCGAGUCAUUCAAGUGGAUUUCCUUCUCCUGACUCCGUUGACAUCUCUUAUGAAUCUGCAGUGUUUGAUAGCCUGUUCUUCGAACAACUGGGAAAUGACAAAAGCAUAUUUACUCCCCCUGAUAUGAAUAAUCGGAUAGGUUGCAAUGGAACUGUUUGCACUAAGGUACUGCACCAUAGAGGAAAAGUACUGCAGGUGUACAAACACCCCUCUCUUGCCCAGAUCACAUAUUUAACUGGAGAGCCAACCUGGAGAUGCCACAGAACACCCACUUUCAAUGUGAAAUGUAACAAUGUGGGAUUCUCAUGGUAUAGAGUGAAAAUGUUUGAAAGAACUCUUCCAACAACCUCAGUGUGUCCUGCAGAGAAUGAUAAUAUUGCUCUGGCUGCCCAGUGUGUUAGAACAGAACAAUCAGAAAUGACAUAUGCUGCAGCAGUGGAGGCCUGUGAAGCUAAACAAGGAUUGAUUACUUUUCCUAUAGAUGAUAUUCAGACAGCAAUAUUGGGAAUAUAUGCUAAAGAGAAAGGAUUAGGGUCCUUUUGGGUGGGUGUGAAGAAAUUUGAUGGAGUUUGGAUGAAGACAAAUGGAGAUAUAUUGUCUCCUUAUGAAGUUGAAAUAACAAAUAAGGAUGCAUCAGAUGAAUGUUUAGUAGCAGAUAAAGACACAGAUUACAAGCACAAAAUUGUGGACUGCAAUCUAAAGUUCUCACAUUACUGCACAGUGAGUCCAAAUUGUCCCCAAAACUACACUUGGGUGCCUGAACUGGGAAGAACAUGUUUAAGAAUUGGUGAAUUUCCAGGAUCCGCUUUUAAUAAAGUUGACUAUUUUUCAGGAGAAAAAUAUUGUGCAAGAAGCGGAACAAGAUUAUUCACACCAAAUACAGCAACUGAACUUGAAGUACUAAAGAGUUGGCUUCCUUCAAGAAGAAUGGAAUACAACUAUAAUUUUGAUGCAUUGUUAGGUUGGAAAGGAUUCUUGAAAGACAAUAACCAAUAUUUUCGAUCUCCAUUUUCUAUGAAAGCAAUAAAUCUCACAGAAAUGCUGGCAAUCACAAGAGACAUUGGAACAAUUAACAAGGAAUGUUUCAGAGUUGGCCCAGCUGCUAAGGAUAUUAAUGCUACAGCUCAAUUAAAUGAAUGCUUCAAUUUCGCAAUACGAAGGAUUUGGGGACCCCCAACCAUCUUUGACCCUGAUUUAAGAACAUUGUGUCAAUUUACUGAAUGCCUGACUGUAAACAAUAAAGUUUGCAAGUUCCCUUUUAGAUACAAAGGACGACUGCAUGACACCUGUAUAACCAUAGAUUCAAAUGUUCCUUGGUGUAGUCUAUCAAAAGAUUCCAAAGGAAACCAUAUUGAAACUGAAACCAGCCGAGGCCAAUGCCAAUCAUCAUGUGCAAUCCAAAACUGCCCUGUGGGAUUUUUUUUUCAUGAAACUACAUGUAUCCAUUUAUCAGCUAGAACUGAAAGCGACAUAGCUAUAGAUGUGGAUCAUGCAGUACAACAAUGUACAACCAUGGGGGCCAGAUUAUUUCAGCCCCGAGACUUCACAACUUAUGACAAUUUGCUUGACCUUGAAAAUGAGUAUUUGAAAUCCAGUUCAUCAUUAUUCUAUCAUUCUUCAGGAAAACAAUCUUUCAGCGCAAUUGGUGCAUUUACUUCCAGAGUAUUCCCCGGGCUAGAGAUUCAGUACAUGGAUGGUAGCCGGGCAUACAUGAUAGAAAAAAAGAUAGCUGAUCAGGGAUCACUUAAAUCAUCAACCUUAACUGGUAUUAGCACUUAUUCAGGCAAGGCUUGUAUUAUGAUAGAUAAGAGUGGGUUUUUGACAUUAGAGAAUUGUACUCUAGAUUCAGAAAUCAACAACCUAGCAUACAUAUGCGAGGCAAAAACUAUUUUAACUGUCGAUGGUCCAGUGACAAACACUUCAUGUCAUUUUCCAUUCAAAAGAACUGGUGAAGAUAUAUGGAGAACUUCUUGUGUUCUAGAUGAAGAAUUAGGAACAACAUGGUGUGCUACAGAGGUAUAUGAAAAUGGAACAAUGAAACCUGAAAAAUGGGGAACAUGCAGGGAUGAGAGGGAGAUAGCUUACAGAGGUACAGGUUCUGGAAAUGGCUGCAUUACUCCUUUCCUGUAUGAGAGGAUCUGGUAUGAAAAAUGUAUAUUAGCUCAGAGAGAUGAGCUGUGGUGCCCGACUAAAUUAAAUCCCACAAGGAUGUUCAAUGAAAGCAUUGACGAGUUCUCCUACUGCACUGAAUUUAUGAGAUCUGGGGGAUCUGAGUGCUCAGCCAACUAUGAAAAGAUAAAUGGUUCUUGUAUUCGCAUAUCAUCAUAUCAAGAGACAUUUAUUGAUGCUGUUGCAAUGUGUGCUAAAGAAGGGGCAUUCUUACUCUCUAUAAUGGAUGAUACACUAAUUCCUCAUAUUCAAUUAUACAUCAAGUAUUUAUUAUCAUCCAAGACAUUUUUUCUUCCCAAAUAUGCUCCAGACUUAUCUUCCUAUUGGAUUGGAGGAGUGGCAAAAGACCUAAAGUGGAGUUGGAUGUCCAAUCAAAAAAACUUUUCUUCUUACUCCAACUGGAAGGAUGGAAAAGAGAACAUGGGAUGCCUAGCAUCAAUGUGUACUGAUAACUAUGCAUUAACUGUUGAGAGCAGAAAAUUUCAGUGGGUCGCAGAGGAUAAAGGAAAAAAGAAACCUUAUAUUUGUCAGUCACAUUGUAAACUUGGCUACAUUUGGUUUCCAAAUAUAAAAAAAUGCCUCAAGGUUGAGAAUAUGAAUAAAGCAAUGUCUUUUAAUGCAGCAAUUUAUGCAUGUGCUAAAGAUCAUGCCAGGCUCACACAGUUUGAUAAUUGUGAUGAAUUUAUUUCCCUAGGACAGGAUUUAUGGCUACUGAAAAAGUCUCCAUUAGAAAACUAUUGGAUUGGAUUGUUUGGCGGUGAUUUGGAUGAUUAUAGAGCGAGAAGAGUAUCAUCUAGUCACAGAAAGAAUAAAAUGUCAAUAUCUUCCAAUGGAUAUGCUCCAGUUUCAGGUUGCCCAUGGAUGACAGCUGUUAAUUUCAACAGUAAUCCAUCUAAAGGGUUUUUGCGUGGCUUAACAUCAGAUAUCAACACAGUUAAAAUGGAUUUUAUUCCAUUUACAGAGACUGGAGCUCCUACUCUGAAAGGAUAUAUUUGUGAAAGGGAAAAUAAAUGGACAUGUCCUGACGAUUACAUUUUGUUCCAAGAGGAGUGCUAUAGAUUUUAUAAUGAACCAAAAUCUUUCACAGAAGCACUUGUUGAUUGCAACAGCAAUGGAAGUCAUCUAGUUGAACCCACAACAAUACUGCACACAAUAUUCGUAAGUUCAGUGCUACAAGAAGAAGUUAAUGUUAGUAUCACAAUAUGGACUGGAUUCAGAAAGCUGUUGUAUAAGAUGUCAGCUGACACAGAUAAAGUUUUCUACACAUCUGACUACUCUGAAGCAACUAAAAAAUUUAUAGGAAUGACAGGAAGCGGGAACUGUGUUGGAAUGGAAUCUCCUUCAAAUGUUUUUCAGCUAAAUGAUUGUUCCACAAAACUUCCUUAUAUUUGUCAAACUAUUCAAAUCCCAAACCCUGAUGUAAUUGAAGUUAUGGGUAUCCCUGAGUAUGUGCACCCUUUGGAUAAUGUGACUGAGAAGUCUAAAGAAUUGAAUGUUGGAUUUGCAGACACUUCUGUUUGGAAAACAGAGUUGAAACGCCAUGCAGUUUUUAUGGGUUCUAAAAAUUCAUAUAUAUCUCAAGAUUUUAAUACAACCAAUAUCACCUCGACCAUUGGAAUGUCAAUUGGAUUGUGGAUAAGAUUGAAAUCAAGUAGUUCAGACAAUAUCCCGAUCAUUGAUACAGGAAACCGCUUAUCUCAAAAUCUCCCUCCUUUCUACAUUUACCUUAAGUCAAACUCUAUCUGCUUUAAUGUUUGUCAAGAUAUGCUAUGUCAACAAUCAUUUACAGGUGUUUCACAUGAUCUAAUAGAGCUUAACAGAUGGACUUUUAUUGGUUUAACCUUUGAUUCAAAAACAGAGACUGCGACUCUGAUUAUAAAUGAGACUUUUGGCUCUAAAGAUGGUGAAGGCUUACAAAUAAACUUUAGUAGUAAUGGCUGGUUCAAGACAAAUGCUAUUGGAAAAAGUUUUAAAAUUGGAGCGACAAAUGCAGAAUCUAAAGGAUUUCUUGGUGAUAUGAGUUGUCUUCAAAUCUCUACCAAAGUUUUAAAUCUUGCUCAAAUGUACCAAAUGUCUAAGAUUUGUCAUGUGCAUCAAAACUAUGAAAGAUCAAAGCCCUGUCCAUCAGGUUACAAACUGUAUCAUCACCAUUGCUACAAGUUAUCUCAACAACCAAUGAGUUACACAGAUGCAGAGAUUAGUUGCACAUCUGAUCCAAGCAGUGACUAUGUCACCCACUUAACCUAUCCUGUCAAUUAUGAAAUUCUAAAGGUUCUUGGAGUUCUUGCCAACAAGUCUGUAAACACAAAUAUAAUUUGGGUUGGAUUGGACUCAGAAUCAGUUCAUCCCCCAGGAGUUAAAUGGAUUGAUAGCAGUGGGAAUGAAUUGACUGAAAUACCAUGGGCCGAUAACCAACCAAGCUCCUCAGAGCACUGUGUUGCAAUUAAUGCUACUAAAUACUAUAAAUUUGUUUCUGCAUCUUGUGAGGAUAAGUUCUACUUCUAUUGCUCUACUGAAAUGAACCGUAACUAUAUUUGUCCAGAAGAUCAUAUUAGCUACAAAGGUAAAUGUCUUUAUAAGAGCCAAGAUAUGCACUCUCUAGUGGAAGCCAAGCAUGCAUGUGCCAUUCGAGGAGGAAUUGUUUUACCUGUCAAAACUCAAGGAGUGUACAAGUUUAUUCAGAAAUAUUUAAUCCAGCAGAAUAGUGGUGAUCUUAUAAUCGGAUUGAAUAUGACAGCAGGAGUAGACUUAUUUACUGAUAACUCCCCAUAUACUGCGGCAUCCUAUGAUUAUGAAGGAGAUGGUUCCAAGCUUGUAGGUUCCUCUUGUGCCUUCCUGAAAAGAGGAAUAAAGUUUAAACCCAGGGGAACAUCAUGUGACGAAAAGUUUGAGUAUGUUUGCCAGUGGACACCCCCUCCCUGUCCAACUGGAUUUGAAAGGUAUUCUCAUGAAAAAGAUGGACGAACAUGUUAUGCCAGAUCAUCAGGGACUGCGCCAUUUUCUGACAAACAAUGUACAAGUUUGUCCAAUGACCUCCAAAGGAGAGCACUUCCUAAAGAUAUUAAAACCAUAGAGAAAAUUCUUCAGUAUGACAGUCCGGUAUGGUUGGAUGGAAGUACAACGGAUGGCUUUAAUUGGUAUACCAAGAAUGACCGAACAAAUGAUUUUGAUACUCCAGAAGACAUAGUAGAUUACUCCAAAGAACGUUUCUGGAUUUCUGCCCUAGCUGCAUCAGGGUACUAUGUAAAAAAUCCAACUUCAAAUACUAUAAAAAUGAAGUUUAAACAGGAUAUCUGUCAAUCAUCUGGAUCAGAAAUGUUUCUCCUGAACGGAACAUUUGUCCUGAAAAGACUGGAUACUAAUAAACCUACAAUAAAGUUAACAAGCUCUUCGGGUCUCAUUCCUUUACGAUGGAUGUUCCACAAAGGAGGCGUAGACUCUACUGAUGCCAACCUAGCCAACUCAUUUACUCUUGCCAGAGUAGAAGAUGGUAUUGUUAAUAACAAUACUGAAGUAGAACUUGUAGGACACAAGGUUGAGUCAACCAUGGAUUUCUUUAUUACCAUAGCUUGCCACAACUCAAAAUUUUAUGUUACCUUCAAUAACUAUACCAGUGUGUCAAUUCCAUUCAAACCCUCUGAAUCAAAUGAUAUCAUUGAAGUGUCAAUAUCUGGAUCAGUAUUAGUAUCUGAAGCUGGAUAUGGAGGCCAGGGCUGUCUUUCCCUGGCUGAAAAUGGCAGGAUUAUGACCAAAUAUGGUGAUGACUGCAAGAAAUCUCUGCCUAGUAUUUGUGAGUACCAAGCUUGUUUUACUAAGGAUGGAUUCUCCUGCAUAUUUCCCUUCACAUAUAAAACUGUUGAGUAUAAACGAUGCAGCUCUCAGGACUUGUACGAACCCUGGUGCCCAACAGAGUUGGAUGCAGAUGGAAACAUAACUGCUUGGGGAUUCUGUGUAGAAGAUUGUCCUUUUGAACCUCCGGCACCCUCAUGUUUAGAUCCUCCUCCCGUCCCAUCGUUUGGAACAUUUAACACGGAAGAAGUAAACUACAAUUCAAACUGGUUUUCUAUAGAAAACCUCGCUAAUCAAAGUUACAAAAUAUCGUCCAACCGAGAAAGACCACAUAGGCCAGGCCUGCUUUAUGAUCCAAAUAAUACAACUGAGACAGUUGAAAUUAUCAUGGCUAACAGCUCUGAAGAGUUCAAUGCUGUGUAUGGUAUAGUGCAAGAAGGAUUCAUAGCAAACUACACCUGUCCUUUAGGCUUUGUCUUUAAUAAUUCUUUUAAUAUUUUCUUUGAGGCAACCUGUAGCAAUUGGACCUGGAGUUAUUCUUUUAAUGAAACAUCAAGAUGUGUUCCGGUUGUUUGUGACGUAACAGUUCCUAGAAGUCCAAACAAUACUGAAGAAGCUGCUCAUGAUGCUGCUACUAGGAACAGUUCUGAUCCUAACUGGAACAUUUUCAUGAAGAAGAUUCAGUACUCUUGUCCUGAUGGUCAUGUCCUGGAGAAUCCAAGUCUCAACAAUGAACAGAUUACCAAUAUUAACAAGUUUGAUGUAUUAUGUGAUGCUGACAGACAUUGGAGACCAAUGCUUUCAUAUAAUUUGUUCCCUAACCCCCCAAUUAUGCCGGCUUGUAUAGCGAUUAACUGUACUGCGCCUUUCAUUCUCCCAAGUAACUGGCCAGCAAAGAUGAACUGGAAUGAAACUGUUGGAAAGCCUCGACCCUAUAAUACAAUUAUAGUGUAUGAGUGUACUAUGAAAGGCUGGGGGUAUUUUGAGAACGGGUUUAAUCAGACUGUGUCAGCUUGUCUUGAAGAUGGAAACUGGAACGUGACGACUGUAUCCCCUUGUAUCAAACUGCCAUGUCCUGACCAACCCCCACCAGUUCCUGAGGGCCCCGGAGCAUUGAGAUUAUAUAAUCCUGAGAAUACGAGGUAUAAAUGCAAGAAUGGAUACAUGUUUCAAAAUGGAGAUUUCCCAUUCCUAGAGAAUGAGUGCCUUCCUAAUAAACGGUGGACAAUGCCUACUACACUGGUUCCUUGCAUUAAGAGAAGGUGCUUGGAUAUGCCGCCUGCAACACCGUAUAAAUUUGAUCGGAUCUGGCCAAACCGAAUCAAUGAGCUGGGUGAUAUUAUCAUCUACAGAUGCCCCCACGGACAACGGCUGGAUAUCCCACUGCCAAGUGGACACAUAGACUUGGAUACUCUAAGCUGGGGAGAAUACGGAAAUUUGCCUCAUCCUCAGCGAGAUCAAGCUGUGGAAUGUGUAUGGAGACAUGAUAUUGAUCAGGGCUUUAAUGACAGCAUGAUCUGGUGGCCUAGAACUAUUCAACCUUGUACAGGUCAAAUAAUGAUUUUAUUAUUAAACAUCUUCAUAAAAACUAAAUCAUUUUUUUAUUUCAUGCAACAUUGCUUGGAGUCAUUAACAAGGAAAAAUACUAAUAUCAGAAAAUGAUUUAAUAUUUUUCCUUUUUUGCUGUGUCGGUGUUCUACGAUUUUUACAGGUAGAGUAUUUACUCUGUUCGUAAACUUAGUGAUUUCACCAUUUGUUAAAAAUGAUUGGAGCCUUCUAGAAUAUCUUUUCUUUAUGUAUCUGUACAUUUAGAAAAAGGUAAUCUAGUAAAACAAUACAAUUAUUCACUAUACGUUGUACAUUUUUCGUAUAUUAUUUUUCAUAUAUAUAUCUGUAUCAAAUAGGGUUAGGUUUUUUUCGUUUUUUUUUCGUUUUUUUUUCAACUUAAUUUCUUUCCUCCUCUUCUCAAUUCCUCCUACCCUCCUCUACUCAAUUCCUACCCUCUGCCAAGGAAAAAUAACAGGUACACUUUUUUAAAUCAUUAAAAUUUGAAAAUAGAAAUCUUUUUUUUUCCAUAUUUAUCAGAGAACGGGUCAGCUUUCUUAAGCAAAGCAAACUGAUUCAUCGCCACAAAAUCAUUUACUCUAAUCCUUAUAUUUUUGCUACCUGUUUUUGUAUAGACCUUUGAUAUUCCCAACUAUGAAUUUUAGCACAAAUAGUUAAAACUUGAAAUAUUAAAAAGGUAUAUCAUCAGAUUGCUAAUAUAUAGGGAUUACAAAAUUAUAAACGGAGCGAGUAUUCUGUUCUCUAGAAUAAUUAUUAAACAAUAUUUCAGAAAAUAGUAAUGAAUUUGAGAGGUAUUAAAUAUCAGUAAAAAAUACCGCAAGUCGUUCAUUUAUUAACUAUUUGAUAAAAAUAGAUUCAUACACGUUCUAACAUAGUAAAUAAUACAGCAAACAUUGCGUAGAACAUAUCUUUAAUGAACAUUUUAACUUAAAGGGAGUGUUCGCGAAAAAUGAAAGGGGGUAUAGGCUCAAUGCGAUAAAAAAGCGCUU